AUGGGACGGAGCUGCCGCAUGAUACUCGCAGACAGGGUUGGGAGUUCGGGUGAGCGACCGCUGCUGAGCAAACAAUGGCAAGCGGCAAAACUCAAAACAGGACGUGGGUGUCAGACAGGAGGAACCCCUCCCAGCUCUCUAGGAGGCGGCGUCAGGGAGCUACCGUGUUUGACGUUUUCUGACGAGUGUUCCGACUUGGUUCGCCUGGUCGGUACAUUUUGA